AUGACGGGCGUGGGGAAGGAGGCCAGCGGAGGUUCCCGGGGACCUCGAACCGCCUCCAGGUCAACACUACCCCUAAAACAAGAAGAGUAUGAGGCCUUCCUGCUUAAGCUGGUGCAGAACCUGUUCGCUGAGGGCAAUGACCUGUUCCGGGAGAAGGACUACAAGCAGGCCCUGGUGCAGUACAUGGAGGGGCUGAACGUGGCCGACUACGCCGCCUCUGACCAGGUGUCCCUGCCCCGCGAGCUGCUGUGCAAACUGCAUGUCAACAGGGCGGCCUGCUACUUCACCAUGGGCAUGUAUGAGAAAUCACUGGAAGACAGCGAAAAGGCACUGGGCCUGGACAGCGAGAACAUCCGGGCGCUUUUCCGCAAGGCCCGGGCCCUCAACGAGCUGGGGCGCCAUAAGGAGGCCUACGAGUGCAGCAGCCGGUGCUCCCUCGCGCUGCCGCACGAUGAAAGCGUCACUCAGCUGGGUCAGGAGCUGGCUCAGAAGCUCGGGUUGCGGGUGCGGAAGGCAUAUAAGAGGCCUCGGGAAUUGGAAACCUUUUCUCUGCUCAGUAAUGGUACUGCAGCUGGUGUAGCAGAUCAGGGAAUGUCCAACGGAUUCGGAUCCAUUGAUGACAUCGAAACAGACUGCUAUGUGGACCUGCACAGCUCCCCAGCCCUGCUCCCUUCUGCUCCUGCCAUGUCUCUGUUUCCUCACGUGCUGGACCUCCUGGCCCCUCUGGACAGCAGCGGCAGGGCCAUCCCCAGCACCGAGGGCCUGGAUGACUUCUCGGAUGGGGAUGUCUUUGGUCCAGAGCUGGAUACCCUCCUAGACUCUCUGUCUCUGGUCCAGGGCGGUCUGCCUGGCAGUGGUGUGCCCAGUGAGUUGCCCCAGCUGAUACCCGUGUUCCCUGGCGGGACCCCGCUGCUGCCCCCCGUGGUGGGCGGCUCCAUCCCCGUCUCCAGCCCGCUGCCCCCUGCCUCCUUCGGCCUUGUCAUCGAUCCCUCCAAGAAGCUGACUGCCUCAGUCCUGGACACCCUCGACGCCCCAGGCCCCGCGCUGGACCCUCUGGACCUGCUCCCCUACUCAGACACCCGGCUGGAGGCCCUGGAUACCUUCGGGUCGGUCCGAGGCUCCCUGGACAAACCUGACUCUUUCAUAGAGGAGACCAACUCACAAGACCACCGCCCCCCAAGCAGUACUCAGAAACCGGCCCCCUCGCCGGAGCCCUCCAUGCCCAACACCGCCUUGCUCAUCAAGAACCCUUUAGCUGCCACCCAUGAGUUCAAGCAGGCCUGCCAGCUGUGCUACCCCAAGACAGGCCCCAAGGCAGGCGACUAUACCUACCGAGAGGGCCUGGAGCACAAAUGUAAGCGAGACAUCCUACUGGGCCGGCUCCGGAGCUCAGAGGACCAAGCCUGGAAGCGGAUCCGGCCCCGGCCCACCAAGACCAGCUUUGUGGGCUCCUACUACCUGUGCAAAGACAUGAUUAACAAGCAGGACUGUAAGUACGGAGAUAACUGCACCUUCGCCUACCAUCAGGAGGAGAUCGACGUGUGGACGGAGGAGCGGAAGGGCACCCUCAACCGCGACCUGCUCUUCGACCCACUGGGGGGCGUCAAGCGGGGCAGCCUCACCAUCGCCAAGCUCCUCAAGGAGCACCAGGGCAUCUUCACCUUCCUCUGUGAGAUCUGCUUUGACAGUAAGCCUCGGAUCAUCAGCAAGGGCACCAAGGAUUCACCAUCCGUCUGCUCUAACCUGGCUGCCAAGCACAGCUUCUACAACAACAAGUGCCUGGUGCACAUCGUCCGCUCCACCUCUCUCAAGUACUCCAAGAUCCGCCAGUUCCAGGAGCACUUCCAGUUCGACGUGUGCCGCCACGAGGUGCGUUACGGCUGCCUGCGCGAGGACAGCUGUCACUUCGCCCACAGCUUCAUCGAGCUCAAGGUCUGGCUGCUGCAGCAGUACUCAGGCAUGACUCACGAAGACAUCGUUCAGGAAUCCAAGAAAUACUGGCAGCAGAUGGAAGCCCACGCAGGGAAGGCCAGCGGCAGCAUGGGUGGCCCAAGGACACAUGGGCCCAGCACCUUUGACCUGCAGAUGAAGUUUGUAUGUGGCCAGUGCUGGAGGAAUGGGCAGGUGGUAGAGCCUGACAAGGACCUCAAAUACUGCAGUGCUAAGGCCCGGCAUUGUUGGACCAAGGAACGGCGUGUCCUCCUGGUGAUGUCCAAGGCCAAGAGGAAAUGGGUGUCGGUGAGACCACUGCCGUCCAUUCGCAACUUCCCACAGCAAUACGACCUCUGUAUCCAUGCGCAGAAUGGCCGCAAGUGCCAGUACGUGGGGAACUGCUCCUUCGCACACAGCCCUGAGGAGAGGGACAUGUGGACGUUCAUGAAGGAGAAUAAGAUCCUGGACAUGCAGCAGACCUAUGACAUGUGGCUGAAAAAGCAUAACCCAGGGAAGCCCGGGGAAGGGACCCCCAUCAGCUCUCGGGAAGGGGAGAAGCAGAUCCAGAUGCCAACAGACUACGCCGACAUUAUGAUGGGGUACCACUGCUGGCUCUGCGGCAAGAACAGCAACAGCAAGAAGCAGUGGCAGCAGCACAUCCAGUCGGAGAAGCACAAGGAGAAGGUCUUCACGUCCGACAGUGAUGCCAGCGGCUGGGCCUAUCGCUUUCCUAUGGGCGAAUUCCGGCUCUGUGACAGGCUCCAGAAGGGCAAAGCCUGCCCGGACGGGGACAAGUGCCGCUGCGCCCAUGGACAGGAAGAGCUCAAUGAAUGGCUGGACCGUCGUGAGGUGCUGAAGCAGAAGCUGGCCAAGGCCCGCAAGGACAUGCUUCUGUGUCCACGGGAUGAUGACUUCGGCAAAUACAACUUCCUACUGCAAGAGGAUGGAGACACCGCUGGUGCCACCCCCGAAGCCUCUGCUGCUGCCCCUGCUGCUGCUGCCACCGCUGCUGCUGCCGCCACCACCACCCCCACCGGGGAGUAG